UAUAUUUGAUUGACAGAUAUUCAAGUUAAUUAUUCGUGGUAAAACUCUGUAAUCCAAAUGAAGGAAAACAAUAGAUAGAUAGACAGAAAGAAAGAGUUAUAUGUUCAUCUAAUGGUCAAUAGGGGGCGAUUUGUGGAAAGCAAAGCACCUUGCAACAUGUUUCCCUGAUGGAGAGAAAGACGGAGGAGAUGCUGCUGCCGAAAGCGUCCGUUUCUCCGGUGUUUGCUUGGAUUGUCUCGGCUCGGGGAUCAUUUAACAAAUGCAAGACAUUUUUUUUACCCUUGGAAGCCGUUAAAAGUCUUGGAAACAGAGGUUGAUGUGGUGGUUGUAAGUUGAUGUCGACGUCAGAAGCGGGUCGCGCGCAUUCCUUCGAAUAUUCGCCGGAAGAAUCCAAGCGCGAGCGUUUGUUUUCAUUUAGAUUUUAAUUGAGCGAUCAUGAUGCUGGAUGCUGUUCACAGCGAAGAAGAGCAGGAAUAAACAACAAAAGACGCGUAGAAGAACGAGGCCUGUGUCCUGCUUUAAUCGAAAUCAGUCAUUCUCCAUCACUGAAGCAUGGACAGAUUAGAGGAACUUGUAAACCAGUGGAUUUGGCGGCAGGAUUUCUGGCUUCCUCCUGGCCUCACAUGGAAAGACAUCGCUGAAGGGACGGCGGACGGAGGUCGGCAUCCCGUCCCCCGCGACCUGCUCCUCUCCGUGCCCUUGGCCCUGGGUUUCAUCGCACUGCGGUUCGUCUUCGAAAGGGUUGUGGCGCUGCCGCUCAGCCGGCGGCUGGGCGUCCGGGACAGGGUUUGGGUGCGUGUCAUGCCCGUCCCGAAGCUGGAGGCGUUUUACCUGCAGAAGAAGCAGCAACCGUCACAGAAUGAUUUGCUGGUUCUGGAGAAGCACUGUGGACUCACUCCGCGUCAGAUCCAGACCUGGCUGCGCCACCGCCGAAACCAGGACCGACCCGGCAACACCAGGAAGUUCUGUGAAGCCUCGUGGAGGUUUGUAUUUUAUCUCAUGGCGUUCUCAGCUGGUCUCGUCUCGCUCAUUAACACUCCGUGGUUUUGGGAUCAUCGGGAAUGCUGGCGCGGAUACCCAAGACAGGUCGUAGCAGAAGCUCAGUACUGGUAUUACAUUGUGGAGUUGUCCUUCUACCUCUCGCUUCUGCUCUGCGUAUCGGUGGACAUAAAGCGCAAAGAGUUGAUAGUUCAGAUCAUUCACCACAUUGCCACCAUUUUUCUCAUCACGUUCUCGUACUGUGCGAACUACGUGCGUGUGGGAACCCUGGUGAUGCUCGUCCACGACUCUUCUGACUUCCUGUUGGAGUCUGCUAAAAUGUUCAGUUAUGCUGGAUGGAGAAAGACCUGCAACACCUUGUUUGUUGUUUUCACCGCCGUAUUCCUGGUAACUCGCCUUGUGGUUUUCCCAUUCAGAAUCAUAUACACAGCUGUGGUGGAUUCGUUGGACGUCUUUCCUCCGUACUCCGGUUAUUAUUUCUUGAACGGCCUGUUGCUGGUUCUUCAGGCCCUUCACAUCUUCUGGGCUUGGCUGAUUCUUCGAAUGGUUCACAAAUUUGUCUUUUUAGGCAAAGUUGAACGCGAUGAACGGAGCGAUGAAGAGAGUGAGGCUGAUGAAGAGGAAGAAGAUGAAGGUGGAGAAGAAGAACACAGCUGUGAGCAGAAAAAGGGUGCCUUUAACUCUAAAUUGGUGUCGUUGGCCGAUAACUGUGUUCUGAACAAUUUAACGAAUCAGGGGCGAAAAAUUAAUAGCAGAAUGCCAAAAGCCAGAUAGCAAUGCUAAUUAAUGUAUAUAAACU